AUGUCGUUCCCACAGAAGCGCAAGGCUGAGGCUGAGCCGGAGAUCGAGGACGUCGUCAUGCGCGACGUGGCCGACGACGACGCCGUUGAGCAAAAGACAUGCUACUCGCGACUCGUCAGCUUUGGCGCCAACAUUCGAAAUGGCGUCGUCGAGGCCGUCAAGGGCGCCUGCACGCGUGCGGCCGGCUCCCUUUUCGCCCGUCGCGACCGAUUCAUGCACAGCAUGGUCGAGAUGCGCCAUACAACUGCAGAUGGCCUCUCUAUAAAGCGCUUCAAGCGCCUGCCCCUCGACCCCAAGAAGGCCUUCACCACGGCCAUCCUCCAAAAUACGCUCCCCGUCACCUACCUGAAAGCUCUCCCAGACGGCCAGUACUGUUGGACGAAUAGGGUCAGGGAGUACCUCGGCGUCCAGAACCACCUCCUCGUCGACGCCUUCUUCUCCAACCUCAUGUUCAUAGUCCGCUCGGAGAGAGUCGAAGACUACCUGGGCAUCGACUACGCCAUCGACCCGCUCAAUGUCCCCGCCUUCGUCCUCGACAGGCUCCAGGCAAGCGGUAACGAUCCAACCCUUUCCAUCUUGGUACACAACUACUACAUCGACACCACCCAAGAGCGUGGCCCGAAAGAUUUUGUUCAAGCCGGCAAGACCUUCUUCGACAAGCUUAACAAGCUUGCCAAGAUCUACCGACUCGUCUAUAACGGGCAGGGCCGCGUUCCCUUCCUCAAGGAACUGGGCUUCAAGCCAUACGACCACCUCGAGUCUGAGGGCAAAAACGGCCUGCUCUCCCACCAAGAGAGACUGGUCUACUACGAAUGUGUCGUCUUCUUACAGUACAUCCUCACUCAACGUGCCGCGUUCAACCAGAUGUGUCCAGUCCAGACCAUUGCUGGUAUUAUCGUCGACUUUGACGCCCUCCACAAGGACGAGGCCCCUCCCAGCUAUGUGGAUUGGCCAGGUAAAUACGAGCGCGUGCCUGGUGCCUUCCCUGAUGCCGAGAUGGAAUCUCUCCUCUUUGAGAGCAUCGCCGCGGACAAAUUCGAAGCAACCCGACUUUACGAACACCAAUAUCCAAGCCCUCGCAAGUUCGAGACCUACAACACCCCUCCGCGCAACUUAAUUCAAAAGAAUCCCAUCUACUUUGAUCAAAGGGGAUCCCCAAAGCCGCGAAAGGGCGCUCUCAGGAACCGCUUUCUCUUGGCUCGGCCCAAGAAGACAGCUCGGUUCAAGCAAUCGCCACCACACUGGUACAUGCCAUCGGACAACGAGCCGGUGAAGCGCGUGUAUCCCCAAGAUAGUCAGCCCCGCGCAGAGGAAAAGCAGGUGCCCUUUGAACCGGAGAAAGAAUCUGUCGAUGACACCACACGACGCGUCAGAGAGAAAGAUGACUCCGUGUUCAGCAUCGUGGACUCCCGCAAGGCGGAAAAGCCGCUCUUCAAGCAAGCCAAGACCCUGGCCGAGUUCUUCGACGAUGACCCCCUCGGCUUCGAGAAAUUGAACAAGGACAAGUACCGGCUCGAGCUCAGCCGUGAGAAACGUGACGACUUCGACACGCGCAAGCAGCUCAUUGCCGACGCUGCCCACCAGUCCCGGGCCGAGGCGAGGGCCGAGGAGAGGAAAAGGGCCGAGGAGGAGCGCCUUGCUGCUGAAGAAGCGCGCCGAAAAGCAGAGGAAGAGCGUUGUCGCGCCGAGGAGGAAGAGCUGAGGCGUGUUGAAGAGGUCGGUGGGCUACGCCAGCCACGCAACCCAGUGGUGCCCCCACUCAGCGACGAGUGGACGUCAAGGGCCCAGAGCACACUGGAUGCUCGCCUCAAUGCAGAGCUGGCUAGAACCCCUGAGGGUACUCCACUUACCCGCAAGGACUUUGAAACCGUGGUCACCCCGAAUCAGUGGCUCAACGAUGAAAUCAUUAAUGGUACACUUCUUCACUUGGCCAAUUACAUCAACCAGAAGGCUGGUAUUAAGAAUACCCGUGCUCAAACCCCAAAGGUCCAGGUGUUCAACUCCUUUUUCGGCAAGAAGAUCUACGAGAAUGGAGGUGAGGGCACUGAGCGCCAGAUGCGGCGCACCGGUAUCCGAAAGGAUACCUUCCUGGACAUCGAGGCGGUCCUCAUACCCAUCUGCCGCGGUGCUCACUGGACCCUCGUCGUAGUCCGUCCGAAGUACCGACAGGCACACCACUUCGAUUCCCUGAACGGAGCUGGCAACCCAGCCUUGAUAACAAAUGCGAUGAAGUGGGUCAAAAUGGUCCUCGAGGACCGAUUUGUCCCAUCCGAAUGGACCACCACAACCAUCCCGUCGCCCCGUCAACGCAACUUUGACGACUGCGGCGUACACACCAUCACGAACGGCAUAUGUGUUGCCAUGCACGUCGACCCUAUGUCCUACUCAGCUGACGACAUGAACCUGCAGCGACUUCACAUCGCUGCAGUUCUGCUGAAUGAUGGCUUCAAGGGAGACUUGAGCCUGGACGGCUUUUAG